CUAAAAACUCAUUCAGUUCCGUAGCUCACGCUGCCCAGAUGUGAGGCUGGGGGCUCGGAGAUUAUUUUCAAAAAUGUUGACAACACGCAAAACUCUCGGACUGUGCUUGAUUCUGGCACUAUCUCUGCUUAUCAGCUGGUCGUGUGGAGCAUCGCCGCCUACGCCAAUAAAAUACAAUGAUAUUAAUGCGUCAUUUUCACAGACGAUAUCAUCUGGAAAUGCCACACGGAUCUUAAUGCCCACGAUCCUCGAUGUGCCGCGAAUAUGUCCUCCUGGCUUUAUGCUCUAUGGUCGACCACAGCGUUGUCGCAAGACAGCCUAGAUGUGACAGAAUUAGUAUUAUAAUCAUGUAAAUAAAUCAAUAAA